AUGACAAGACGAGGUAUUCUUUCUGUAGUCAGUGCGAUAUUUGAUCCGCUUGGACUGAUCGCCCCAGUGACACUUCGUGCGAAAGCCAUCAUACAAACCCUAUGUAGAGACAAGAUGGGAUGGGACGAACAAAUACCACGUCAGCAAGAGUUGGAGUGGAAAGCAUUGCUGUCUUCGCUGUCAAAUAUUGAGAAUGUUUCCGUCCGACGCUGCUACAAGACACACAGAAGUGGAAAUAUUGUUAAUGUGCAGCUUCAUAUCUUCAGCGAUGGGUCACAGACAGGAUACGGUGCGUGCGCAUACAUACGGUUGACAGACGAUGCUGGAAAUAUUUCGUGUUCGUUAGUUGUCGGGAAAUCAAUACUGGCUCCCAUUAAACAAGUGUCCAUACCGAGGUUAGAGUUGUCCGGCGCCGUGGUCGCAUGUUGUCUGUACGAGCAAUUAUCCGAAGAGCUGAGCAUACAUAUAGACAGUGCUACAUUUUGGACUGACUCUAUGAUAGUACUCGGGUACAUAAACAACCAAACAAAACGAUUCAAGACGUUCGUGGGCAAUAUGGUUGCCGCCAUUCAUGACGUCACACAACCAGAACACUGGCGUCACGUGAACACCAAAUCUAAUCCAGCAGACAUUGCCUCCAGAGGUAUUGAUGCUAGUGACAGAGUAAGUAUGAACAUUUGGUUGAACGGACCAAACUUCCUGUCACUUGACCAAAGCCAGUGGCCAGAAUCGUCCAAAAUUUCGCCACUUCCGGAAGACGACGCGGAGAUUAAGAAAGAUACAACGGUGCUGGUGACAACUACAAAGACUGUAGAUUUGCUCCUGUGCCAGUACUCAUCCUGGAAUAAACUUACCCGCGGUGUAGCAUGGCUGCUUAAAUUUAAAGAAUUCUGUGUACGAAGGAUAUGA